UCUGACUAAAAAUGGAUCUGAUUGUUGGUAAAUUUUAACAGAAAUGAAGAGAUGAAACCUUAUCAAGAAGAAAUAAAUAGUUUUACAUGAAGAUCUGAUAAUGCGUAACCGUCAGUGCAACAAUGUUGAAUAGAUCUGAAAGUUAACAAGAUAUAAAUGUUGCGUGAAGAUGGUUUGAUAGGAAUCUUCUAGAUCAUAAUGAUGGUAUCCUUGCUUCAAACCUCUUUAAGCUGAGGAUGAAGAAGAUUUACAUCAUCCUAGCUCUGUUCACAGGUUCAGUUCUAUCAGAUGAUAUUAACUGUACCCAGUCUUUGCUGGAGCUAGUAGCUAACCUGACCCCGGAGUAUAAAGGAGAGGAUAAUAGUUUAACUCUAAACGGAUUCUUUACUCAGGAUGUUCUUCAAUCCUGUUCCACGCGAAACUUCAGUGUCGAGCUUUGGAGAACGAUAAAUCCUCCAAACGCACAGGUUCCGGAGGAUUUUGGUUCCAGAGAAUACUUUUCAAAAUUUCAAAAUUGUGACAGUCCGAACCCUGAUUUGCUCUGGAAACACGGAGACUCUGUCCACGCGUCUAUAAAGAAGGAUAAUCUAGAGAUAUCCGACACAUGGCAGAACCAGCCCAUCAGGUUCUAUCAUGUUGUGGAGAAGGAGUAUAUGGUGAGAAUAUGUCCUUGUCAUGAAACACAGCUAUCCUGUACAUGCGAGCAUGCCGGGCAGAGUGGUGCUGCAGUAUGCUCGGAGAUCAUUGAAGUUUCCAACCUGGAGGAGGAGCUGGUGUUCUCAUGGUGCAGGGGAGAUAUACAGAAAUCUCCAACUCCGCUGAUAGGGGUCCCAGUCCUACAGCAUUGUCCUGCAAAGGUAAUGCUGACCGGAACCCUGCCCUCCUGCACUCCAGUACGCUCCUAUGACCAGGUGGAGGUUGUCCUCCAACCUAUGGCCCAGGAAGUUGGAGACUGCAAAGAGCUCCCCAGAGAGGGAGUAGGCAGGCUACGGAAGCUUGUAUCACUAGACGCGGUUAACUUAACUCAUGGGAUGUUUCAAGUUAUUAUUGGAAAUAUUACUCAUGAUACCCAGUAUUGUCUCAGGGUUGAAUUAGUAAACCAUCCGUACUGCAACUCAGGGUCAGACCAUACUCUAACUCGGUUGUCUCCAGUCUGCCGGCCGAUAAGUUUAAAGAAGCCGAUACUUAUCGAGGAUCACGUGUGCGGUCGUCCUGAACCCUGUGAGCCCCGGCAUAAUUUACCUCUCAUCACCGGAGCUAGUCUUGCGGUGGCUCUACUCCUUGCUAUCGGCCUUGUCAUCUCACACAGAAUUGCUUGUCGACAGAAUAUAGAAUCUAGGGAUAUAGGAGGAGUUAAUCGUCUUCUUCUACCUCCCUCCACUCCUCUUCAUCCUGAUAUAUUCUUCCUCUACUGGGGAACCUCCAUGGACUUUAUAGAGGUUAACCGGCUCGUUGUGCGCUGGUUGUCAGGCCUGGGUCAUAGAGUUAUUGAUCUCUCAGAUGAAUGUUUACAGGAAGAAUUAGUUUCAAAUCCUGAAUCUUGGAUCACAGACAAGCUUGAGGAUACUAACACUAAAGUGAUCGUAGUUGAGAGUGACACAGUCAAUGAAUGUCUUAAAUCUAAUCCUGAACUUGAAGUAAAGGGAGGGAUAGAUGAUCUCAGAGUUCUUAGUUUAAAACAUAUCCAGGCACGGCUAGCCUGCAACUACCGUAGGUUGAGUGUAAUCCAGUACAAGGUUGGACUCCAGGGUCCUGUAUCCAGUCUGGUUCCCCACACUAGAUAUAUCCUACCGGAGCAUCUAGCUGAACUACAGGCCUGGUUGGCAGAAACCCAGGGGUGGGAUGACAACGGCAACCUGGAGUCUGCCAGGGAACAAACCUUACGGGAUCUUAAAGCAGCAGUUCAGCGCUACACCUCUGCUACAAACUAGAACUAUAAAGUUGACGCUCUUCAGUAAAAAAAAUGUACAGUGUACGUACACUGUACUGUAAAGUAUAUACACUAGUACACUAGAUUACAAGAAAGGUACAAGCUAUGAACUAUGUUUGUUGCAUGGCAAGCAUUGUUUUUGAUAAUUAUAGAGAACAUGAUGUGGAAAAUUUGAAUCUCAUCCAACAUGAGCGGGCAACUGAUUCUCAUAGAGGAGCAGGGUUUAAUUCUUAUAUAACCAGUUUAUGGUUCAGUAUUGCAGUCUUCUCCUGCUCCAGAUAUUCUUAAAUAUCUCCUAAAUUUUGAAUCUUUUAAAGUUUGCAGUUUUUUAUAUUUCCUUGGUGUAAACCUAAAUUUAAUUCCUUUUAAAAAUUAUUUUUGUCAAGCUAAAUGCCUAAAUCCAAAGAUCUGGUCGAGUUAAAGCUAGAUAUGUUACUUAUUCUGGGCCAUCAUGUCCCUUUCAGUACUCAGGCUGGAAGAGAAGGUUGAUGAUCAUUCAUUUGACUAUAAGGAAUGGAUUCAGAAAGAAAGAAUUGAUCUAUUUGGUGCAAAAUUUAUAUUUCUACAAAACUGAACUAUUAUUCUAUUUAUUUUUGGCUAAGUUUAUUUAGUUCAUAAACAAAUGAAUGAUGUUAUUUGACGCAAAUUAUACUUGAAAAAAAGUUCAUGUUAUACUGGGUGUGCCGAGCACCGACCAAUUAAUAGUGUGGAACAGAAAUUCCAAUUAAAUACGUACUUCUAUAGUGCUGAGUGAUGCACGGUGCAUAUUCAUUGAAUUGAAACUGCAUAAGAAGGAUUUUUUAAUCACUGACUACUGAUCCCCCCAAGGCCAGCUGACCGCAGUUGUCUCUUAAAUGUUUAAACGGAACAAAAGUUAUCAAUCAUAGAAAAGAGAAAAAGAUUAAUUUUCAAGACUUUCAUUAAUUUCUGGUUUAUGAUGAAACUGAAGAAUGUACUUUACGUGCUUUAUUUUGACUAACGGGUUUGAUGUCGAAUCAUUAAUUCGAGAACGUAGUACAAGUUUCAAGAUAGUUUCAAGUUCGUUCUAAAAAGAUUAAGUUUUCUUUUGUCUGAAACUGUAUGUUAAAUUCGAAUUUAAUGAAAAGCUCUUCCAAAAGUAUUGGUAAAUUUGAGGUUUUUUGAUCAUUUUUAUCCAAUGGAUAUUUACUUUAAUGACUUUUGCCGAAAAUGUUUUAUGAAAACACACUAAUACAUUUAUCCGAGUCUAUGAAGCUAUUGACGUAUUGAAGAAAUUUAAAAAAUGUCUUCAUAAUUGCUAUGUGAAGCCUUUUAUAAACUAUUGUGUCUGCAUAGACAUAUCCAGAUUUAUAUCCCUAAAUUUACCCUCAUUUGAAAAUACCUAGGAAUGUAUCCAAUUUUUAAGAACCUCUAAUUUCUUCAACACGACUAUAAACUUUCAAAUGUGAUAUUAGAUUUUAAAUACUUCGAUCCCAUUCUCUAACUGUUAUCCGUCUUACACUAGUCAGCGUCCUAAACAUCUCUUCCCUCAUAUUUUCCGCAGAUCCGCACUCCCAUCUCAUACUGAUCCUCACCUUAUCACAACCAUCUUUCAUAGAUCAACCUUCUCCAUCUCCUCAACUCAGUCUUCUCCAACUCCAUCUUCUUACCCAAACUUCUCCUUAUUUUACCCUGUCCUUCUUAUCCUAAGCUUCUCUUUCUUAUCCCAACCUCUCAUUCUUAUCUCAACCUUCUCAUUCUUAUCCCAACCUUCUCAUUCUUAUCCCAACCUUCUCCAACUCCAUCUUCUUACCCAACCUUCUCCUUAUUGAACCCUCUCUUUCUUAUCUCAACCUUCUCCUUCUUAUCCCAACCUUCUCCUUCUUAUCCCAGCCUUUUCGUUCUUAUCCUAACCUUCUCCUUCUUAUCCCAACCUUCUUCUUAUCCCAACCUUCUCCUUCUUAUCCCAACCUUCUCCUUCUUAUCCCAACCUUCUCCUUCUUAUCCCAACAUUUUCGUUCUUAUCCUAACCUUCUCCUUCUUAUCCCAACCUUCUCCGUACCUAAGAUCUGAACUGAACUCCCUCUUCGGAUAGAUAAAGUAGAUAUAUUGCCUCGAAAUAUUAUGUCAUUUUUAAUGUUAACAUGUUUGAAUCUUUGAAAAUCUGAAUUAUAAAAGCUGAAAAUUUUAAAUAUUAUUUUCACUUUAAUUUGAAAUGUAUUCAUUAAAUAUUCAAUAUUAAAUGUGGUAUGGUAAGAAAACUAAUUGAAAUUCAUGCUGAAACUAUAACCUUCUUAAAAUAACAGUUCUGCUCAAAAUUUUAAAUUGAUAUUUUAUGGUUGAGAGUUCACAUCUUUAUUUUUGGUAAAUAUUGCGUAAGGCCCAGCAUGAACAUUGGACAUUGUUGAAACUUAUUUACAUUGUACUGUGUACAGACACCAUGUCUACCGACUUAUUUUUGUUGGUAUGUACAAAAUAAAUAUUAUUUAAACCUAAUGUCGUGUAUAAUAUUCCUUGUACAAUGUAAACACGUGUAAACACUUGUUAUGAAAUUGCAUUAUUAUUAUUUCUGAGACAUUUAUUUCUACCCAAAAUAAAAAGAUAUUUAAUUUA